AUGGAUACAAUCGGGGAAGUCGUGCAUAAAAAAUUCACAUACGUUUACGUCUCAUCUGAUAUAAAUAUACCAGUGAAGGUCCUGGAAUUCUCCGGGAAGGAGAACUCAUUUCGAGAUUUAAUCACAAGCCACUUUACCAGACAUAAUCUCCUCCCAGAAGAACGACAAGACUUUGAAAAGUAUUUAAUAAAGGAGUAUGAAGGAUCGAAGGCCAAAAAUAAGCUUGAAAAUGACACCUCAGGUGGGUUUAAACUUACACCUGAUUUUCUCAGUAAUACCAUCGACACUGCUGGCUCAAACUAUCAGGUAACUCUCAUAUAUCACAAAUAUAACAAAACCUCUAAUAUAUUUCAGAUCAUACCUCUUACUCUGCCCAGCAAGAAGAACGACUUUUUGGGCAUUAACUGUUACAUUGACAGCAUCGGCAGGGUUAAAAACCUCCCUACUAACUCUAGAAUGACAAGGCUUUGCUCAACAGACAUUAGAGGUGAUUGUUUCAUUUCCAGAACCUACGACGAUGAGGACGUUUUCAAGAGGGUCGACUUCACUCUUGAGGACUAUAACGAGUUGAUGGAGAAUCCACCCUCAGCUGAAGGAAGAUGGGACGUUUCCAAGGCCUUUUCAAACGCCUUAUCGCAAGAUUCUUUGAGUAAAACACAGGAAACCGUAGUCAAAAACCAGUGCGAAAACUGUAAAAAGGUGCCAAUUAAUUCAAUUACUCAGAUAAAUUAUAUUCAGGAGGGGUCUGAGACCCAAGUUUUGAAAAUUUGCACUGGCUGCAAAAAGGUAAAAUACUGUUCCGUCAAGUGCCAGAAGGAUGACUGGAGAUUUCACCGUAGAAUUUGUAAACUGUAA